AUGAGGACUGUCUUCGUUAUCCCUCUUCUCCUCCUCAUUCUCGAUUUAGUCUCCGCCGCAUCAGACUGGAGCAUUACCAAUCCCAUUGGCACAACAGUCUGGGCGUCCGGGCAAGACGGAAAGAUAACAUGGAUCAUCUUGACCAACAAGGAUAAAGGCUUUAAUGCCGCUGCACCUGACGUCCCCCAGGUUAACAUCGACUUGAUGGAAGGACAGUUUGAGAACGCCAACAUAGCGGCACACGUUGCAACAAAUGUUCCUGUGCAAGAUCAAACGUAUACUUGGGCCAACAUUCCCGACUAUCCACAGGGAAAUGACUAUUUCAUUCGCAUUGGGACUGACAAAUGGUGGAGAUAUUCACAUGCCUUUACAUUUAACGGGAAGGGGACCGUAAAACCAUUGGGCCAACCUGCACCACAACCCACGUAUGCUCCUUCACCUGAUGCGCCUGGGAAUUCUACUACCCCUGGAGAUAAUUCGCCCGCUGGGACGACAGGAGGUGGGGGUGCUGAUCCGAACACAAGCAACACAUCCACAACCACUUCCACCACCACUAAUUCUGCUGCAAGCGCAACCAACAAGCCAUCAAGCAAUUCGAAUAAUGCAUCUGUUGCAGUGACAAACACCAGCGUCACAUUAUUAACAGCGAUGUUGGCUGUUAUUUGUGUGGCAUUUAGCCUUUAUUAA